AUGCCCAGCCAUGGCACCCAUGGCGGCGGUAGAGUUUUGGUUGCUUUUGGGGCUACCUCCUACGUCCCUGUCCCCGUCCCCGGCCCCGGCCCCGGCCCCAUCCAGCAUAUCGGCAGGCAGCGCCGGACUACGCGCCGCCGAUCUCGCCAGUUUAGACGCUGGAUUCAAGCUGCCGCGACCGAGCCUGUUUUACUCGCACCCGUUAAUCGCACACCCGCCGAGUAUCAGGCUGGGGCUUCGGCCCCUCAGGGACCAAUCGAGCCCCUGGAGUCCGACACCGUGGACCUGGCGGAGGACCAAUUAUCUUCCGGCUCCGGUAAGUUACUUGAUACAUUUCACAGCUAUUUGGCAUCAUGCCAACCGCCCUCCCCUUCCAUUCCAAUUGUGUUUGUCUGGACAUAA